AUGCGAAAGUAUUCUAUUGUACCAUUUACAUUACGCAGAGCAAUUAAGGAUUAUGUUAUACCGAAUACAAAUCAUGUGAUUGAAAAAGGUAUGGAUGUAGUGAUACCUAUCGAUGCAUUGCAUUAUGAUCCAGAAUAUUUUCCAAAUCCAGAAGUAUUCGAUCCAGAACGAUUUUCUGCAUCGGAAGUGGAAAAACGUAACUCAAUGUCUUAUAUACCCUUUGGCGAUGGACCUCGUAUUUGUAUUGGCAUUAGGUUUAGUAGAUUGGUUAUUAUGAUUGGUUUGGUAAUGAUAUUGCAGAAUUAUCGUAUUUUGCCAACGAAGAAAACUGAAAUUCCUCUUCAAUUUAGCCUUCGUAAAUUUUUCAUGGGUAGUAGAAAUGGAAUUUAUUUGAGAACCGAGAAAAUUUCUUAAAUUUAAAGGGUGGAUGCAAGACUGUAUUCUGUUAAGUUUAUGUUAAUGUUGUAUUAUAAUAAAAAUUUUAUAAAAGUAUCCUCUUCAAUAAACCUUUGCAGGAUGCAUGUACUGUCCUAAUAAAAAUUUUGUUUGUAAA